AUGUUGCUUCUGCUGUUGUUGUUGUUGCCAGUGAUGCCGCUGGGGGGGAUGGUGCCUGCGGCCGCAUACAUCAUCAUGUCGGACGUCUUCUGGUCAGGUGGUUUGCGUCGGUUUAUCGUGGAUGCCAUGACGAAGCAGAAAUGCUUCGAAACGGACGAACUAAAUACAACUGUGUUCCGGUCUGAGGUGCAACCAUUCCGUGAGUUUUAUUCCGAGUACUCGCGACUGCUCUACUCCCUAUCCGGUAUCUCGCAACUCCUUGGAUCCCGCAAGCGACUGCAGUACUUGUACACGGCCUCGCUUCUGGAACUGCUCGACAACUGCCUAGUCGCAGCUAACCCCGACGACUUGGCGUACCAGUCAGACUUCCGCAAACGAAUUUUGGCCAAAGUCGGACCCCUCUGGACCUGGGUGGACGACGAUCAAACAUUGCUUUCUCAAGACCAGUCAAAGACGCUGCCGCCCAUGGCAGACCCCUCCCCAACCGCCAUUUGCAUUAGGUCCAGCAUUUGCGAAGCAGUUUUGGAACAUUUCUGCUAUCGCACACCACAGCUUUGCGAAACCUCCGUUGAGAUGCCAUAA